UCAUCAAUUGCAAUUACAACUAUUCAAUUGAACAAUGUCCACGUCUGUUGAACCCAAUAACGAGGAUACCACUCUUCGUCAACGUAAGGUCGACAACAGCAAGUCUACCGUUGCUGAAAAAUACGACGAAGAUAAGGCUGACUUGAAAAGAACCAAGUAUGACGAAACCAAAGAAUUUGUUGAUUCAUUAAAGAAAUUGGAAACCAUAUUGGCCCCAAUCUUGCUCACCCUUUUGUCAUUCUUUGUCAGAUUCUACCGGAUCUCCAAGAAUAACCAUGUUGUUUGGGAUGAAGCGCAUUUUGGUAAGUUUGGGUCAUACUAUUUAAGACACGAAUUUUACCAUGAUGUCCAUCCUCCUUUAGGGAAAAUGUUGGUCGGGUUAUCCGGUUACUUGGCCGGUUACAAUGGUUCCUGGGAUUUCCCCAGUGGUGAAGAAUACCCUGACUAUAUU